ACACUUGAGUUAUUAUCUGACACAUCUCUGGCAGUGGCAACCCUUUUCAUUCUCGUGCAGACCGACCUUUCCCUAAAAGGCUUGAUUAUUCACUACAUAUCGGCUGUUGGUUGUUAACACCUCAUCUGACAAUUAAGCUACAGCAGACGUGAUGUGAUAGCCUACAUUAGCCUACACACUUUAAGGUCUCACCCCUUUUUGCUGCCUGCAAUAUCUGACAGGCGUUUCGACCGCGUGCCGCCUCUCCACUAUCGAGAGAGGACGUUUUAUCUUUAGGACUCUUCACUGUAUCCACCUGAGCCACUUAUCUUUCAGUGGGAAGCCAACAAAUGAGGUUAUACACACAUCAGCAUCACCGCAGGUGUAUCCGCAGCAGCACUUUGGAAUCUACACAUUUCUCCGCAUCGGCACCAUAGUUGUGCGCACGUGUGAUAGGGGGUGUUGGUGGCCUAUGAAUGGGGCUGAGCGUGCCCCCCACCACCACAGCUGCCUCUGCACCCGUGGGGACUAUGCGUUGCACAACCCUGAAUGCACUAGCCAGUGGUUUGCGAGAACAGGGAAGGGGGUGGAACGUCGGCAGGGGGUCAAGGGGGGCGCAGCAUGCCCCCUCCCUUCCGCAUCGCUGUGCUGGGGGCGCAGGGCGUGGGCAAGACUGCCAUCGUGCAGCGCUUCCUCCACGAUGACUACAGCGAGACGCCUGUCCCGGCAACCAGCCGUGCCCGCCAGGUCCACCUGUCGGCUGCCGUGCUCAAUGGCCACGUGCACAACUUGCAGAUCACCGACUAUCCUGCAAUCACCAGCUUCCCCUGCAGCUCACUGCAGGAGUGGACAGACACCUGCUGCAGAGGAAUCCGCAGCGCUCACGUCUACAUCCUGGUCUAUGACAUCUGCUGCUUCGACAGCUUCGAAUACGUCAAGACUAUGCGCCAGCAGAUCCUAGAGACCAGGGUGGUGGGCACAGGCGACACGCCUAUCCUGAUUGUGGGAAACAAACGGGACCUGCAGUGGGGGCGUGUCAUCCCCCGCCAUAACGUGUCCGACCUGGUUAGGAAGAACUGGAAGUGCGGCUACGUGGAGUGUUCAGCUAAGUACAACUGGCACGUGCUGCUGCUGUUCGGGGAGGCUAUGCGCAGUGUGGUCUGUGCCCACUGCAAACACGUCCAUGCCACCAUUCGCUUUCAACGGGCACUGAGGAACGAACGCUGCACCCUCAUGUGAUUUACUCAGUGAUGGUGGAUGGGCACCGGAGUGGCAUUGAGGGCCAUUGGUACAAUAAACCUCCUUAGGAACAGCUGAGAACUAUUGAUGACCAUGUUUCUGCCCAAUGUGAAACUACAGUAUUAAACACCCCUCUGUUUUGCUGCUGAUAUAUGACAUACUUGAUCAGAUGGAGAGUACUACCCUAUCCAUCUUUGUAAAGUGUCUUUGAUCUUUUCUUGACUUGGAGGCAGUUAAACCAACCAAAACCCGUGGCUGUACAAUUUUGAACCCAUCCAAGUGCACUAAAGAAACUUUCCAGCAUCUGUUUGACUAACCUGGGCGUUGAUCAAUGUAUGACAUUGCUAAUGUCAAAGCCCCCUUUGGAGUGGGACUGAGGCUGGCAUCUGCUGAUGUGGGGGCAGGCAGACGGAUCCUUCCGUUCCUGGGGCUCAGUGCAUUCUCUUUCUCUGCACUGAAAUGUCUUGAAGGUGCACACUGAAUGUAAAAUCCUUAAAGGUAGCAUUACGAAUUCCGUACCCAACCACUCAAACAAAACAAGCACAAACAACGAACCCAACUGUCAUUCAAUUUAAGCCAAUCGCAAAAGACCCUCUCCUUCAUGCCUUCGGAAACCAAAACAAACAACCAUAAGGACACAGUGUCCCACAGUGUUUAAUCUUCUAAUAGCUUACUAAACACUGACCGUCCUUACCAGAGAACUGUCUGUUUCAUUUACUGAGGACACAUCACUUUUUACCUCAGGGUUUCUAGUCCUUGGCGAAGGUUUAAACAAGCCUAGUGAAUUUCAAAGAGGAUGGUGAUAUGUUAUUUGGAGUAAUAUCACCAAAUCCAAUCCAACUUUUACGCUCCAACCGCAAACACAACCUUGUACAUCGUAAAUCUACAAUUGUAGAUUCACAUAAGGGUUUUUAACACAAUAUGUGACAAAAUACUUCUGUAAGGCACUGGAUGUAUUGUAUAUAAAGUGGUAUUAAUUGUUUUCUCAACAAUCUACACAACAUAUUCCAUUGUCAAAGUGGAAGAUAAAUAAAAAUGUACAACUAAAAUAGUCAUUGCAUAAGUAUUCAGCCCCUUUGUUUAGGCAAGCCUAAAUUAGUUCAGGAGUAACAUUUGGCUUAACAAAUCACAAGAAUUUUUAAUGACUAACCCUUCGUCUGUCCUCCAUAUAUACAACAAGGUCCCUCAGUCAAAUGGGUAACAAUAACAAAUCAGACAUUGAAUAUCUCUUUAAGCAUGGUCAAGUUAAUAAUUAUGCUGUGGAUUAUGUAUUAAACCACCCAGACUCAUCAAAGAGACAGUUAUCCUUCUGAACUGGGCCACAGGACAGGAAUGAAACUGCUCAUGAGGCCAUUGGGGAUUUUAAAACAGCUACAGAGAUCAAUGGCUGUCAUGGGAGAACACUGAGGAUGGCUCAACAACAUGACCUAAAUGACAGUGAAAAGAAGAAUUCAAAUAUACAGAAUAAAAACAUUCCAAAACAUGCAACAAUGCACUAAAGCAAUACUGGAAAAAACAGGAAAGGAAUACACUUUUGCCCUAAAUGCAAAGCUUUACGUUUGGGUCAAAUCCAUCACAACACAUCACUAAGUAACUCCCUCCUUAUUUUCAAGCAUGGUGGUGGCUGCAACAUUGUAUGGGUAUGCUUAACAUCGGCAAAUACUGGGGAGUUUUUCAGGAUAAAAAGAAACGGGAUGGAGUGUGUUUGCACAGGCAAAAUCCUAGACAAAAACCUGCUUCGGGGCCUCACAAGUGGCGCAGUGGUCUAAGGCACUGCAUUGCAGUGUUGCGGCGUCACUACAGCCUGGGGUUCGAUCCCAGGCUCUGUCACAACCGGCCGUGACUGGGAGUCCCAUAGGGCGGCUCACAAUUGGCCUAGUGUCGUCCGGGUUAGGAGAGGGUUUGGCUAGGGGGGCUUUAUUCAUCGUUCAUCAUGCUCUAGCGACUCCUUGUUGGCGGGCCGGGCAGCUGCAGGCUGACUUUGGUCGUCAGUUGAACAGUGUUUCCUCCGACACAUUGGUGCAGCUGGCUUCCGGGUUAAGCGAGCGGGUGCUAAGAAGUGCAGCUUGGCAGAUCAUGUUCCGGAGGACGCAUGACUCGACCUUCGCCUCCUCCGAGCCCGUUGGGGAGUUGACGUAUUGAGAUAAGAUCGUAAUCACGAAAUUCUACCUGCUUCAGUCUGCUUUACACCAGGCAUUAGGAGAGGAAUUCCCCUUCCAGUGGGACAAUAACCUACAACACAGGGCCAAAUCUACACUGGAGUUGCUUACCAAGAAGACAGUGAAUAUUCCUAAGUGGCCAAGUUUCAGUUUUAAUUUAGGGCCUAGAUUCAAUCAGAUCAAGCGUUAACCGGUGAUAGCAGACACCUGCAUAGCGGAUGUAUUGGCGAUGUCAGAGGUGGAACUAUUUUGGAGCAUUCAAAUCUGAGUAGCUGCUCUUGCAAUCAUUGUCACUGAAGACAUAUCCUCCGAGAAAGUGUAGGCUAUAUAGAAAUUUUUAUGCUCAAAUUGAAAAAUGAUUAAACAAAAUAAUCAGGAUUUCUAUUAUCCUAAUUGAGGUGUAGAUUACAUCUCACAUACCAGUGUUCCAACUUGUAAACAAGCGUUACGAAUCCCUUUGGCCUGACAAUCUAGGGGGGAUGGUAAUGGGACCCGUAACAUAACUCAUGCAAAUUAUAGUAGUGACAAAGUAAGAGUGAGAACAAAAUAACCACGACAACUAAUAUCUACCAUCAAACACUCAGUUUUUUUUUACAAACACACAGUAAUGGGGGGAGCAGGAAAAAGGGGCUGAGCUGGACCCAAGGAAUGAAACAAUAAGCAUCCAAAAACACCUAAGUUAGACUAGCCUAUUUCAACACAAGAGAUCUACAAACAUAUGGCAUUUACAGAGAGAUUGAGCUCUAGAGAACACAACUGACAGGGUUUUUAAACCAAGGGAAAGGGACUGUGAUUGGGUAGGAGAAAAGGAGCAGGUGUCUUCUGAUUAGCGACUGAUUGAUGACUGAUUGGGGAAUGAUGAUGGUCACCUGUGAGUAGGGGAGAAGGAGAGAAAAGAAAUACACAGGAUACACACAGAAUACUUGUAUCCGUAACAACAAGGCUGCAUGGGAUUUCUGUUAAUGCCACUCCAUGCAGCCAAUGGCAAUGUCCGCUUUAGGUAUAAUGCAGAGCCACUUGUGGAUCUGACAUCUCUAACGCAGUUCCACCGCCAACACCGUCAAAACAACCGCUAUGUGGAUGUCGGCUAAAGCAGAUCUGAUUGAAUAGAGCCCUAAAUCGGCUUGAAAAUCUAUGGCAAAACUUGAAAAUUGCGGUCUCGACAGAAUUUUGAAAAGAAUAAUGGGCAAAUAUUGCACAAUCCAGGUGUGCAAAGUUCUUAUAGAAUUACCCAAGGAGACUCACAGCUGUAAUCAAUGCCAAAGGUGUUUCUAGCAUGUAAUGAAUUAGGGAGUUGAAUACUUAUGCAACGACUAUAUUUUAAUUAUUACAUUUUUAUAAAUACAUUUUAAUGCCACUUUGUAACACAAUAAAAUGUGAAGGAAUCCAGUCUGAAUACUUUUGCAAGGCACUUUGUACCUACAAACACAAGUCAAACCAAACCCCUGAUACCAGCCUGUUAAUAAUGAGAUAAUGUAAAAAGAGGUCUAAAUCUGUCACGAACGUCGUAGUGAGGAGACCAAAGCGCAGCGUGAUGUGAAUACAUCUUCUUUUUAAUAAUGACGAACACUUAACAAACAAUACAAAAUGACCGCUAUAACACUGAGUGCAAACAUGCAACAUCACAUAGACAAUCACCCACAAAACAAACUGGAAAUGGCAACCUAAAUAGGAUCCCCAAUCAGAGACAACGAUAAACAGCUGCCUCUGAUUGGGAACCAAUCUAGGCCACCAUAGACCUACAUAAUGCCUAGACUACACACACACACCUAGAUAUACCCAAAACCCUAGACAAGACAAAAACACACAUACUACCCUCGUCACACCCUGACCUAACCAAAAUAAUAAAGAAAACAAAGAUAACUAAGGUCAGGGCGUGACAAAAUGUAAUUAAAUACUUUAGACAGUUGUUGCCAACAUAUCGGCCUGUUCAGGUUCUCUAAACUGCUAAAUACAGCAAUAAAUACACAUUCCCUGCUUGAAUCCUGGCAACCUUUGAUAAAAAAGUAAGCUCGAAUUUGUUUUGGAAUAAGGGGGGAAUAUAGGAUACACUUGUUCCUAGAAGGUUGCAUUCAAUGAAAGGAGAAUACUAUUAUGAAGAAUACAAUGCAGAUACUAGCCUACCUGACUAGAACCACUUGUGUGUAAGACAGAGAGCGUUUGAGCGGAACAAGAUUUGUGUAAUACUAUAAGAAGAUUGCUUCAUUAUAUUGACAAACUGCCAAACUGCCAGGUGGCAUAAGUAUUUGAUCUGUGUCUGGGCAAUCACAUUGCAUAAGGAGAGCCUCAAAUGUCUAUAACAGCCCUCGAAAUCAGAACAGCACUGAACUACUGUCAUGUCCUGUGAUUUGAACGAUCCUCUUCCUAAAUAUAAAAUGACUUUAUAUACUGUAUGCUGAUGAGCUACCUGACUGUGUAUGAUUACAAAGAUGAAUAUAAAAUAGCACUGUGUUGAUGUGAAGCUAUAAUUACGAAGUGCACAGACAUCCUAUUCGCCGCCCUUGCUGUCUCUGCCUGGCCGGUUCCCCUCUCUCCACUGGGAUUCUCUGCCUCUAACCCUAUUACAGGGGCUGAGUCACUGGCUUACUGGUGCUCUUUCAUGCCGUCCCUAGGAGGGGUGCGUCACUUGAGUGGGUUGAGUUACUCACGUGAUCUUCCUGUCUGGGUUGGCGCCCCCCUUUGGUUUGUGCUGUGGUGGAGAUCUUUGUGGGCUAUACUCGGGCUUGUCUCAGGAUUGUAAGUUGGUGGUUGAAGAUAUCCCUCUAGUGGUGCGGGGGCUGUGCUUUGGCAAAGUGGGUGGGGUUAUAUCCUUCCUGUUUGGCCCUGUCCGGGGGUAUUAUCGGAUGGGGCCACAGUGUCUCCUGACCCCUCCUGUCUCAGCCUCCAGUAUUUAUGCUGCAGUAGUUUAUGUGUCGGGGGGCUGGGGUCAGUUGGUUAUAUCUGGAGUACUUCUCCUGUCUUAUCCGGUGUCCUGUGUGAAUUUAAGUAUGCUCUCUCUAAUUCUCUCCUUCUCUCUUUCUUUCUCUCUCUCGGAGGACCUGAGCCCUAGGACCAUGCGUCAGGACUACCGGGAAUGAUGACUCCUUGCUGUCCCCAGUCCACCUGGCCUUGCUGCUGUUCCAGUUUCAACUGUUCUGCCUGCGACUAUGGAACCCUGACCUGUCCACCGGACGUGCUACCUGUCCCAGACCUGCUGUUUUCAACUCUCUAGAGACCGCAGGAGCGGUAGAGAUACUCUAAUUAUCGGCUAUGAAAAGCCAACUGACAUUUACUCCUGAUUAUUAUUUGACCAUGCUGGUCAUUUAUGAACAUUUAAACAUCUUGGCCAUGUUCUGUUAUAAUCUCCACCCGGCACAGCCAGAAGAGGACUGGCCACCCCUCAUAGCCUGGUUCCUCUCUAGGUUUCUUCCUAGGUUUUGGCCUUUCUAGGGAGUUUUUCCUAGCCACCGUGCUUCUACACCUGCAUUGCUUGCUGUUUGGGGUUUUAGGCUGGGUUUCUGUACAGCACUUCGAGAUAUUAGCUGAUGUACGAAGGGCUAUAUAAAAUAAACUUAAUUCGAUUUGA